UAUUCCACAAUUUUUGUUAAACACACAAAUUUGCGAAUUUACAAAAAAGGGAAAAAAGAGAGGAGGAAAGCAAUCCCAAAAAUCCAAAUUCAGAUGUCAUUUUCCCGAACUAUUUUCUUCAAAAUUAAACCCCAAGAUCGAUUUUGAAAACCCACCAAAACAUUUGCACUUCAAUAAAAAAUUUCAAUACAGCUCUUAUUUUUUUUUUGGUAUGGUAGUGACACCAGGAAAAAACUAUCAAAUGCAAGAAUCCAAUGCGCCACCAUCUUCUUAAGAUAGAAAUCUAAUAACCUUCUUCGAUCCUUAAAAUCGAUAUUGUUUUUUGUUGUUUUGGAUCUGAUUUUGAAGCGUUUAAAAAUUUCAAAAACAAAAUGGGGAGUUUGGGAGCACUGAUGAAACAUCCAGAUGAUUUUUAUCCGUUGUUGAAAUUGAAAAUGGCGGCGAGAAAUGCCGAGAAACAGAUCCCAUCGGAGCCUCACUGGGGUUUUUGUUUCUCUAUGCUUCACAAAGUUUCUCGUAGUUUCGCUCUUGUUAUUCAGCAGCUCGAUACAGAGCUUAGGCAUGCAGUUUGCAUAUUUUAUUUGGUUCUUCGAGCUCUUGAUACUGUUGAGGAUGAUACUAGUGUUGCAGCAGAUGUCAAAGUUCCAAUUCUUAUAGAUUUUUAUCGUCACAUAUAUGAUCCCGACUGGCACUUUUCUUGUGGUACAAAGGAAUACAAAGUUCUCAUGGAUCAGUUUCAUCACGUGUCUGCUGCUUUUCUGGAACUCGAAAAAGGUUAUCAGGAGGCAAUUGAGGAUAUUACACUAAGAAUGGGAGCAGGGAUGGCCAAAUUUAUUUGCAAGGAGGUCGAAACAGUUGAUGACUAUGAUGAAUAUUGUCACUAUGUAGCCGGACUUGUCGGAUUAGGUUUGUCCAAGCUAUUCCAUGCCUAUGGAUCAGAAGAUUUGGCUCCGGAAUCGCUCUCCAAUUCAAUGGGGUUGUUUCUUCAGAAAACAAAUAUUAUCCGAGAUUAUCUAGAGGAUAUCAAUGAAAUACCGAAGUCACGCAUGUUUUGGCCACGCCAGAUUUGGAGUAAAUACGUCAAGAAACUUGAGGACUUGAAAGACGAGGAAAACUCGGUCAAGGCGGUGCAGUGCUUGAACGACAUGGUCACUAACGCUUUACUACAUGUUGAUGAUUGCCUGAAAUACAUGUCCGCUUUACGUGACCCUGCAAUUUUCCGAUUUUGUGCUAUCCCUCAGAUCAUGGCUAUCGGAACACUAGCCUUGUGUUACAACAACAUCAAAGUCUUCCGAGGUGUCGUGAAAAUGAGGCGCGGUUUAACUGCGAAAGUCAUUGAUCGAACAAAAUCAAUGACUGAUGUCUAUGGUGCUUUCUAUGAUUUUUCUUACAUUUUGAAAGCCAAGGUCGACAAAAACGAUCCUAAUGCACAAAAAACCGUGAGCCGACUCGAUUCAAUCCUGAAGACUUGCCGAGACUCGGGUGUGCUAAACAAAAGGAAAUCAUACAUAAUCGAGAAUCAGUCCAAUUACACUCCGUUUGUGGUUGUUUUGCUUUUCAUCAUAUUCGCCAUCUUUUUGGUUAACCUGAACCCAAACUGGCCUAAUAACUAGACCAUACUUUACCCAUUAUAUACGUAUGUGGAAAUCUAUAAAUGAAGAAACAUAGAAGGUGGAAAGAGCGGUGUCAAUGGUAAAAAAGUUUUAUUUUUUUAUUAAAAAUCUCACUCAUUUGAGAUUUUAAUCGAAAAUUAUCAAAUAAAAAUUUGAUAUUAUUUUUUA